UUACAUGCCGUGGCAGUACAAAGGUCCGAGGUGUACGUGAACACCUCAGUCGCUGCGUCUGUGAGAAACAGACGGGAAAUCUCAGGGCUGCGUCAACUGACAACAAAUACGGUAGGUCGGUAUGGAGACCUUCCCAGAGGCAGCAGCGACUGAUCCCCCGGCUUGCACCUUCUCUCAGGUGGUCUUCAUCGAUAUCCCCUACUCAUACCCGCCUUCCAGCCCCAUCACCUGCCGCUUCACUCUCAAUGCUGCCUUCCAGCCAAAUCCCAGGGACUGGGUGGGCAUCUUCAAGGUGGGGUGGAGCUCAACAAAGGAUUAUCACACAUUUGUGUGGGUGGAGGCAGUCCAUGAUGCUCAACAGACAGAGAUGAGACAAGCUGUGUUUAAAGAGUACUACCUGCCUAAAGACGAGAUCGAGUACUACCAGUUCUGCUACAUUGACAACAGCGGGCAGGUCCGAGGAGCCAGCACUCCUUUCUGUUUCAGAAAUCCAUCAGAACAAAACACAGAGAGCAUCGCAGAUGAUGACCUGCUGGUUAUCACGACUCAGGAGCAAGUUGAGCAGAGUCAACGUGAGAAAGCUGAGCUGCAGAAUCAGCUGGAUCUGAUGAGAGCAGAAAACGAAACCUUAAAAAGGGCUUUGCUGAAGGAUCAGAAGGAUAUCAGCAGCUCCAAGGAGCAGAACGACCAGACAGAGGCAGAAAUGGCUAAACUGAUCAAAGAAAUGGAUCAGGUGAAGGAGCACAACGAAAAACUCAAGAACACACUGCAGCUGCAGAUGAAGGAGAACGACCGCUUAAAGGAGGAGAUGGUGAUUGAAAUGACCAAGCGGAUGGAAAUCCAGAAACAAAACUCCACAGAGCAGGAAAAACUGAGCUCUCUGUCAUCUAGAAGUAAUGAGGAGAAAUAUGAUCGGGCAGUGAUGAAGAUCAAUCAGAUGAAAGAGGAGCACGAGGAGCUGAAAGGGAAGCUGGAUGCACAAAGUGAUGAGAUUGCCAAGCUGAAUUCUAAACUCAGAGAAGCAGACCGGGACUUGUCAAACAUAUUUGACCGCUUUCAGCUUCUGCAGGUUGACCUUCAGAGCACCACCAAAGAGAAGGAUCGGAUCUUUCUAGAACUGCAAAAGCUGCAAAGCGUCAAAGGCAACAUGGACGAAGUGAGAAGGGAGAACCAGGAAUUGAGCAGGAGGCUUUCACAGCAAGAUUCACUGCAAAGGGCUCCACAGGACGACCUCACGGCGCAGUGUCAGACUCUUUCCAAGCAGCUGCAGGAUGCGCAGGCGAAGCUGCUGGCCGAGAGAGAGGAGAAGAGGGCCGUCACCAGGCAAUGUGAGUUUGCAGAAAAUGAGCUGCGGGACGUCAAGGAGCAGCUAACAAGUUUGGCCCAAAAUUGUGAGAUGGAGCAACGCCAAAGCAGCAAAUUUGAGAUGCAGGUCAGGGAGUUGAAUGCAAUGUUGGCAGAUAAGGACAUCGCCAUUGAAGAUAAGGAACAGGAGAUCAAGCUGAUCAAACGAGAGAGAGAUGAGCUCAGCAGAGAAGUUCAGGUUCUCCAAGGUGACAUUGAGAGGCUUCGCUCACAUUAUGCGAACAUCACCUCACCUGUGGCUGAAGAGAUGCCCUACUUGCAGCCAGACCCCAUCGUAGCAGGCAGCGACGCUCCUGCCAUCCAGGACCAGCAGGACAUCCUGGGUCAGCCGGAGCACAUAUACAGCACCAUAGAUAGCUUGGUGGUACCAGCAGAUGAAGAGCCGGCGCGGGUGUGUCGUCACUGCCAGGAGAGCUUCCCCGGCAUAACCCAGCUGGAGCUGGAGCAGCAUGAGCAGAGUCACCGAGUGUGUCCGUUCUGCACGGUGAUCUGCGACAGCAUGGAGCAGUCCAUAUUCGAAGACCACGUCUACGGCCACGAGCUGUGAGAGCCGCGUCAUCGUCUCUGAUGGGUCUCAUUGGUUUAAAAAAAAAACAAGAAAAAAAAAAAACUGACGUUAGCAUAAGCUUGUCAUUUUAGUUCCAGACGCUUCUCUAGACCUGAAACCUGCUAGAAUGAUAAGCCGUCACAUCCACAUAUGGAGAGCUAAACAUCUUGAAAUCAUACCACAUUUAUUUCUGCUUUUUGUGUUACAUUUCUUCAAGUGACUUAAUUAAAUGAAAAAACUGCAUUGCGUAUAAUAAACACGUAGGAAAUGCCUUAGAAAUAAUAUUAUUAAAUAUCGGGAUAGAAUAAUUCAUUUCCAAUCAUAGAUGAAUGACCCUUAAUGACCAAAAUGUUGGGAAACCACAAUGAAUGAUAACCCAGCAGGAUUGGUCAGAUUUAAAGGUAGUUUGAUCUGCAGAAAGUCUGGGCUAUUGGAUCCUUCAACAACUGCCUGAUAUAUAGAUGUGCCAGUUGAUUCAUUAACUUACCCGUCACUUAUCUGUGUAAGUGGCAAAUUAGUCCUUUCCUUCUGAGAGCUUCACUGUUCUCAUCAAUGUCUGUUUAUUAUAUCUUUUAAUUUGGCACCAUUAUUCAUCCAUGUUCCAUAUUUACAGGCUAAAACUGAGCAGACUGCGUAUGCAGGACAGAGGUGGAUUGUUAUUUUGUUUUUGGGAGUUCAGAUUUAAUAUUUGUGGGGGGGGGAAAAGACUAAAUUCAAAGCUUUUCCUGUAUUUUAUCGACAUAUUGAGAUCUGAGGCUUAAUUCUUGUUUUUAUUUUUCUUUAUCUAGUAACUUACUGUUUUGUUUUGAAGUCAGUGCCAGCAAUGUACAACAGUCCCAUAAAACAGAAUGUCAAAGCAGUAAAAAAAAGAAAAGAAAUACUGAUCAAACCAACUAUAUGAUAACUGUAAAUUUCAAAAUAAUCAUGUAAAUUAGCUUGUUAUAAAGUACACCGUUUUUUGUUCUGCUGUUUAUAGAGUAAUGAUAUUAGUGAUGCUAAGCAGCAUUACAUUAAUAGGAUGGAUUCCUUUAGUUUCCACACUGUGACUCUCCGGGUCUACAAGUUUAACCUCGGUACUGGUAACCGACCCGUACCAACCUAAUGAUCAAACGGUAGAAAACUAUUGGAUAUUAUUGUACUGGGGGUUUUUUUAUAUAAAAAAUUAUUGGUAAUAUUCAGUAAACAUUCAUAAAAUGAACACAUCGCGUUCAAUAAUUACCAUCAGCAUAAAAACUGCAACAGACUUGUUUAAUUGUUGGAAGUGACUAAAAAUGAGUUGGAUUUCUGAAAUUUAUAGAGAAUUUGACCAAAUUUACUUUGUUUGAUCUUAAUUAUCGCUGAAAUAUAUCAGUUAGUAUGAUUAUCAUUAUUCAGUAGUCAUUGAGAACCUCAAGUGCUUUUGUUUGAGCUUUCUCUUACACAAAAAAUACAAUUUAGAAAAUCCAACAGACCGAAAAUCUAAAAAAAAAAAAAAAAAG